AUGGCUGCGCCAGCACGCCGGACAGGCUCGAAGCAGGCUGCAAGAGAGGGACAACCGAGGACGACCAAUAUCUCCUGCACGAUACAGCGCGGGACUCCUUGGGCCCUUCGAAGAGACCGCCCAAGAUCACAUGGUCGAAGAAAGUCACUUCACUCUCGCAGGGCAUCAUGUCUCUCAGCGACGGGUCCUGUCAGAUGGCCCCUGGGCAUUGCUGAUGACCUCCAGCGCCUCUGGUGUGUUGCACUGCCGCUGAGUCUGUGGAGGCCUCCAUAUCCCGUGGGGCUGGUCUGGGGUAUGGGGAAAUAUCAGGAGACGGUCAUUACACCACACCUGCUCGCCAGGAACGCAUCCUACCCAGCUCCUCGGCCCGCGAUGCAUGUACAUCUCCGCGUUGCACUGCGAACGAAGCACCAGUCGGUGGAAGCGCGCAGCACAAAGCACACAGCGCUCUCCCCGAGACAGCCAAUCUUCACGCAGACGCGCAGAUUGCAGCGUCUCCAGCGUCGCCGCAGCGCUCAGCAGCCAACAGGCGAUGUCCGCAUUCCCUCUAUCUCACGCAUAUCGGCCCUUGCGGAGCCCCAUUCGCUCAAUCCGCACUCGAUAUCUGAGUGGGGCGACCCCUGUCGGCUUCCUUCGCCAGGCAGAGAGAUCUCCAGGGCACGCCAGGUCUCCCCUGAGCUGUGUAUGACGCCCAUAGCGGUCCAGCGUCAACGCUCCGUCGAUAGCCCGCCCCGCUUCGUCGCUAGCAUGGCAGAAGUUUGGAGAUUGUUCGGGGCAGCUGCCGCUGACAGUCGCAGCGAAAAUUCUCGCCGCAAACGACAUCUUCUGCCCUUUGCACGUGUUCGGAAAUUCUCGGGCAACCCGGCCACCCCAGGUGGAGACGCCUGCUACGUUGGUGGCGUCACGGUGCUGCCCUCUUGCAGGCAAAGCUGCAGCUUCACGCUGGCACCACGAACACAAUUUCCACAUGCGACGCUGUGCUUACACGAGUGCCCAUUGCGCAGCCCCCGGGAGACGCAAUCCGUUGGCUCAGCGAGACCCCGCUGUGAGAAACUUCUGCAAGCUGUCCGCCCAACAUAUCUCCUGACACGACCGAACGUAUCGUCAUUACGACUCCGCAGCAAUCACCGCGGUACUUUGUACUCUCAGAUCGCUGUGCAACCAUCUGCGACGCAUCGUGCCGACGCUUCCCGUACAUCCGAAGCAUCCAUGUUAUGCGCUCAAAGAGAUCCUUUUCAGCCUCAUUCAGCCGGUGUCAUCGGUCAAGCCUCUCUGGGGCCCCGCACCAUACCCGUUAAACGUGUCCAAAGGCCCGACUUGGAGGCGAAAGAAGCAGCCUCGAUGUUCGGCGACAGCGGUAUGACAUCAGGACCUGCGAUUGCGCGCAACCUUUCGUCGUCGUUUCAAUGCGCUCAACAACUACUUGAUGUCAUUCCACAAGAUUGA